UGGUGUAUAUACAGCAGACACUGUUACCCAUGCUGGGGUGGUGUAUAUAUAGCAGACACUGUUACCCAUGCUGGGGUGGUGUAUAUACAGCAGACACUGUUACCCAUGCUGGGGUGGUGUAUAUAUAGGAGCCACUGUUACCCAUGCUGGGGUGGUGUAUAUAUAGGAGCCACUGUUACCCAUGCUGGGGUGGUGUAUAUAUAGCAGACACUGUUACCCAUGCUGGGGUGGUGUAUAUAUAGCAGCCACUGUUACCCAUGCUGGGGUGGUGUAUAUAUAGCAGACACUGUUACCCAUGCUGCGGUGGUGUAUAUAUAGGAGUCACUGUUAACCUCUACACCAGCCUUGAGAUUCUGGCGCAGGUUGACGUUUAUUGUCACAAAUUGUUUCCCUGGUAGAAGAACUAAGCGAUGUCCACUAGAUAGUCUAGCUGCCAAGACAAAAUUGUCUGUCAUAAAAAUCCAUUUAAAAAAAGCUUUUUGUUCUUAAGUUAAGGUUAGGUUUAGGCAUUAGGGCUAACAGUGUGGUUAAGGUUAGGGUUAGACAUUAGGCUAACAGUGUGGUUAAGGUUAGGGUUAGGCAUUAGGUCUAACAGUGUGGUUGGGGUUAGUCAUUAGUGCCAACAGUGUGGUUAAGGUUUAAAAUUCAAUUUUUUGACUUUGUUGCUGUGACAGCUAGUGACCAUUCUUCAGAGCUGCCUCCAGGGCAAGACUCAUGACAAUAAAUGACAAUCUGCCCAUCUGGCACUCGAGGCAGGCUAGAAUAAACACUUAAAAUAUUUGAAAGAUUUCAAAUAGAAUGUAAACCCAGGUCUGGUGGUGCAGUGUGUAGCCUGCAUCGAAGGUUGUAGAGCAACCCUAACUUGGGUUGUGCCGUGGGGGAGAUCUUUGUGGGCUAUACUUGGUCUUGUCUCAGGAUGGUAAGUCGGUGGUUGAAGAUAUCCCUCUAGUGGUGUGGGGGCUGUGCUUUGGCAAAGUGGGUGGGGUUAUAUCCUUCCUGUUUGGCCCUGUCUGGGGGUAUCAUCGGAUGGGGCCACAGUGUCUCCUGACCCCUCCUGUCUCAGCCUCCAGUAUAUAUGCUGCAGUAGUUUAUGUGUCGGGGGGCUAGGGUCAGUUUGUUAUAUCUGGAGUACUUCUGUCUUAUCCGUUGUCCUGUGUGAAUUCAAGUAUGCUCUCUCUAAUUCUCUCUUUCUCUCCGAGGACCUGAGCCCUAGGACCAUGCCUCAGGACUGCCUGGCCUGAUGACUCCUUGCAGUCCCCAGUCCACCUGACCGUGCUGCUGCUCCAGUUUCAACUGUUCUGCCUGCGGCUUUGGAAUCCUGACCUGUUCACCGGACGUGCUACCUGUCCCAGACCUACUGUUUUCAACUCUCUAGAGACAGCAGGAGCGGUAGAGAUACUCUUAAUGGUCGGCUAUGAAAAGCCAACUGACAUUUACUCCUGAGGUGCUGACUUGCUGCACCCUCGACAACUACUGUGAUUAUUAUUAUUUGACCAUGCUGGUAAUUUAUGAACAUUUGAACAUCUUGGCCAUGUUUUGUUAUAAUCUCCACCCGGCACAGCCAGAAGAGGACUGGCCACCACUCAGAGCCUGUUUCCUCUCUAGGUUUCUUCCUAGGUUUUGGCCUUUCUAGGGAGUUUUUCCUAGCCACCGUGCAUCUACACCUGCAUUUCUUGCUGUUUGGGGUUGUAUAGGCUGUGUUUCUGUACAGCACUUUGAGAUAUCAGCUGACGUACGAAGGGCUAUAGAAAUACAUUUGAUUUGAUAUUCCUUACAUAGUGCAUUACUUAGAGGCUAUAGUGGUGUAUAUAGGGAGCUAUAUGGGAUGCACCCUGGGUCAAAUAAUCUUUAAUCCCUGCCUCCUUUCCCUGGCUUCCCCUGUUUGUCUCCCUUUCUCUGUGUUGGCUUCCCCUGUUUGUCUCCCUUUCUCUGUGUUGGCUUCCCCUGUUUGUCUCCCUUUCUCUGUGUUGGCUUCCCCUGUUUGUCUCCCUUUCUCUGUGUUGGCUUCCCUUGUUUGUCUCCCUUUCUCUGUGUUGGCUUCCCUUGUUUGUCUCCCUUUCUCUGUGUUGGCUUCCCCUGUUUGUCUCCCUUUCUCUGUGUUGGCUUCCCCUGUUUCAUUCUCCCUUUCUCUGUGUUGGCUUCCCCUGUUUGUCUCCCUUUCUCUGUGUUGGCUUCCCUUGUUUGUCUCCCCUUCUCUGUGUUGGCUUCCCCUGUUUGUCUCCCCUUCUCUGUGUUGGCUUCCCCUGUUUGUCUCCCUUUCUCUGUGUUGGCUUCCCCUGUUUCAUUCUCCCUUUCUCUGUGUUGGCUUCCCUUGUUUGUCUCCCCUUCUCUGUGUUGGCUUCCCCUGUUUGUCUCCCUUUCUCUGUGUUGGCUUCCCCUGUUUGUCUCCCUUUCUCUGUGUUGGCUUCCCCUGUUUGUCUCCCUUUUCUCUGUGUUGGCUUCCCUUGUUUGUCUCCCUUUCUCUGUGUUGGCUUCCCUUGUUUGUCUCCCCUUCUCUGUGUUGGCUUCCCUUGUUUGUCUCCCUUUCUCUGUGUUGGCUUCCCCUGUUUGUCUCCCUUUCUCUGUGUUGGCUUCCCCUGUUUGUCUCCCUUUCUCUGUGUUGGCUUCCCUUGUUUGUCUCCCUUUCUCUGUGUUGGCUUCCCUUGUUUGUCUCCCUUUCUCUGUGUUGGCUUCCCUUGUUUGUCUCCCUUUCUCUGUGUUGGCUUCCCCUGUUUGUCUCCCUUUCUCUGUGUUGGCUUCCCCUGUUUGUCUCCCUUUCUCUGUGUUGGCUUCCCUUGUUUGUCUCCCUUUCUCUGUGUUGGCUUCCCUUGUUUGUCUCCCUUUCUCUGUGUUGGCUUCCCCUGUUUGUCUCCCCUUCUCUGUGUUGGCUUCCCCUGUUUCAUUCUCCCUUUCUCUGUGUUGGCUUCCCUUGUUUGUCUCCCUUUCUCUGUGUUGGCUUCCUGUCACGCCUUGGUCAUUGUAUUUUGUGUUUUCGUUAUAUAUUUGGUCAGGCCAGGGUGUGACAUGGGUUUAUGUUAUUGUAUUUUCGUAUUGGGGUUUGUAAUAUUUGGGAUCGCGGCUGAUUAGGGGUGUUGUAUAGGCUUGGCUGCCUGAGGCGGUUCUCAAUCAGAGUCAGGUGAUUCUCGUUGUCUCUGAUUGGGAACCGUAUUUAGGUAGCCUGGUUUCGCUUUGUAUUUCGUGGGUGAUUGUUCCUGUCUCUGUGUAGUUUCACCAGAUAGGCUGUAAUUAGGUUUCACGUUCCGUUUGUUGUUUUGCAUUUUGUAAUAGUUAUUUCAUGUGUCGCUUUUUCCAAUAAAGUCAUGAGUAACUACCA